AACACGCGAAGUCUCCAGAUUUCGAGCGCGACGGCCAUCGCAGCCUGGCCAACAGUGGACUGGACCCCUGCAAAUUGGCGGAGAUUCAGACUCCAGAGUGCCACGGUCGCGAAGAAGACGAGGAGGGAGUGUCCCUUUCUCGUUCCAGUUUUCGCGAUACAGUAUCGCUUGAUUAAAUCGCUUCUCGAGCGUGUUCAAAUGGCGAAAUUCUGGUGAUGGGUGGCCGUAGAUAGCCGAGCAUGCGACUGCUGGUUAACGUGGUUGCAGAUUCCAGAAGAACCCACAAGGGAAUUGAUUGGUUUUGCCAUCGGAGAUCCCAUUGAUCAUGAGCUGCUCGAUGAAAUUACUGACCCAGAAUCAGUUCGCUAGAAUUCCACACCAGCGCUUCUUGUCCCGACUUUUCUGCACCACUGCUCCAUUGGGAAGGGAUAACGAGAUCGUCAAAAUCGCCAAAGUCAUAAACGACCACCCAUUUCCUGAUAGCACGCUUCAAACCGUCCUCCAGAAGCACAUCCCGCCGCAUACUCUUUCAGCUGGUUUCGUAGAGGAUGUGCUUGGCCAUUUAUUUGGGGCUCAUUCCAAUGGUCUCAAAGCUCUAGAGUUCUUCAGGUACACUGUCCGCCAUUUGCCAUGCGGUCCAACUUCGGUGGCGUUCGAAAGAACUCUCCACAUUCUUGCUAGGAUGCGGUACUUUGAGAAAGCUUGGGAAUUGAUGGACGAGAUGCGGGUAACGCACCCUUCGGUGCUCACGCUGAAGGCGAUGAGCAUCAUUAUGUUGAAGAUUGCGAAAUUCAAGUCUUAUGAGGAUACUCUCCUGGCAUUUGAAAGGAUGGAGAAUGAUGUGUUUGUAGGAAGGAAGUUUGGUACGGAUGAGUUCAAUAUACUUCUUCGGGCAUUUUGCACGCAUAGGCAGAUGAAGGAAGCACGAUCCGUGUUCAAUAAGAUGCAUUCACGAUUCUCUCCUGAUACGAAGACCAUGAAUAUACUGCUCUUAGGAUUUAAAGAUUCAGGCGAUGUCACCUCAAUGGAGUUGUUUUACCAUGAGAUGGUUAGAAGAGGGUUUAAACCUAAUACAGUGACAUAUAACAUCAUGAUUGAUGCUUACUGUAAGAAUGGUAAGAGAGGUUGUGUGGGUGAUGGUCUAAGGCUUCUUGAAGAAAUGGAAGGGGCCGGUUGCUUACCUACUGUUGAGACAUUUACUACUUUGAUUCAUGGUGCGGGGGUUGCUCGCAAUCUAACAAAGGCAAAGGAAUUGUUUGAUGGGAUUUUUACAAGAAAUAUGCAACCAGAUACAGCAGCCUAUAAUGCGAUGAUCAGUGUUCUGAUAAAAGCAAAAUAUGUAAAAGCUGCCAUUGCCUUGAUGGAUGAGAUGGAGGCGAAGCAAAUUAGGCAUGACAACAUGACCUAUCAUACAUUGUUCCUUGGACUGAUGAGAUCAAGAGAAAUAGACAGAGUAUACGAGUUAUAUCAUAAAAUGGUGGAGAGAAACUUUGUGCCUAAAACUCGGACGGUGGUCAUGCUGAUGAAGUACUUUUGUAUUAAUCGUCAAGUUGAUAUGGGAUUGCAUUUAUGGGAAUACCUGGUGAGCAAAGGGCAUUGUCCUCAUGGGCAUGCGCUGGAUCUUUUGGUGAUUGGAUUAUGUUCUCGUGGAAGAGAACUAGAAGCUUUUGAGUGCACCAAACAGAUGCUGGAGAGAGGAAGGCUAAUGACUGAAGCAACAUUUCGGAUGUUAGGGGGGCUACUGCUGCAGGCUGGCGAGGCCGACAAGUUGAGGAAGCUCAAUCAACUGGUAAAGACGUUAAAAGCUGUUCUGCCUCUGUCAAAAGGGCAUGCUGAUGGUAUAGCUAAUUCCUUAGAAUUUAAUGCAGAAAGGACGUUUUCAGGUUGACUUUGUUUGAGUACAACCUCUGCUUACUGGAUAUUUGGAUGGUUUGUCAUUUUUGGUUCUCCUCAAAGUCUAUAGGGCUGAUGCACAUGCGAUGAGAAACUCUGAUCGUUUGUGUUCACCGUGCAGUCUUGACUCAAGUUAUUGCUGAGACUUGGGCCAUGUCUAUGCAACCCAGCUUCUAUAGGGUGGUUGAAACAAAUCCCCGAGGGAGGGAGGAAUAUGAGAGGCGCAGCGUUUUCCUCGUGUGGUUGCUUUUGCCUUUUGUAGGUUGGUCAAAACAGAAACAUUGAAAUUGAGGACUUGACAAGAUGGCAAAGUUUUACUCUCAUUAGACUUGCAAAAAGGAAAUGCUGCUGCUCAAAUUUCUGUGAGGAUAUACACAUAAGCGCUAUGCCUAAAGUGGAAUGAGAUUAGUUGAUUGGCUUGUACAAAGAUGGCUCUUAAACCCUGCAUUUGAUUUUUUCGCUGCGGAGUAGCUGCUCAGGUUGGUCAAAGUAAUGAAAAUACUGUGAGUAUCCACAUAUGGAUGGGUAGGGCAUUCUUAUUCUUUCCUGAAGAAAUGUCGAAAGAAGUUACGACCUGUUCUGUCUUCAUCGAAAAAAAAGCUCCAGCUUCUUCUUGCACACUCCAAAGGAGGAGCUCUUCCUCUGAGAAAGAACCUUGCCACCCUGCACUUAUGACUUGGUCAAAACAGAUUCGGCUGUGACAAAGGAUAUGACGAAACUAGAACUGUAAGCUAAGUGCCGGAGUAUCAUAUUUUAAA